UGGGAAGAAGAAAGCAGAGUCAGAGAAUUGCCAUGGACCCACCGCCGGAGAUAGACGUGCUGAGACUUUACUGGCAAACCAUGGUAACUCUGGCAAAUGAGAAACCUGGGAAAGCUCCCUCCUUUCAUUCCUUUCCCCAGGACACCCAUUUUCUCCUCUAGAGACCCCAACAUCCACCUUAUCCAUGAACUGCUGGAGCAUGUAAAGGAGCCGAACCUGCAGAUCCAAAGCUGCAGGAUCUCCACAACACAGAACAUCCAAGAGGUGCCCAGUGAGAGCCCAGUAUCGAAGGUGUAGCAGAAACCAGAGGCUUCGAGCCAGACCAGUGACUCAGAGCAAUCAACACUUGCAAGUAAAGAUACAUGGAUAAAGGAGUUUCCUCACAGAACACGUGCCGAGAAUGGCUGACCAGAGGCUCUGAAGAGAACCAUUGGCACCCCCACACACAGACACCUGGAUGCUCGCCUCCAGACUCCACUCACCUUCGGCCUAGGCUUCCAGUCUUGUGUGGCUGCACCUUCAUCUACUAUUUCGGCCAGCAACUGGGACCCUGCAGUUACAGGCCUGCUUCUCUCCUGGCCACUCAGGCCUGGCGAGAAUCACCCCCGCCACAGGCACGGGCUCUGCUGCUGCAGCUAAAGAAAAGAGCAGACCUCCAGGGACAUCAGCCAAACACAGCAUAUGCUACAGUAAGAUCAAGCACAUAGCAUCACAUCAAGGCUGGAUGAGAGAACCCGGUAGGAGGAAAACGGUCCUACAAGCAGGCAAAAGACUUGGCAACCACCUGGCUCCCACUGGUCUCCCCUAGCUCCACCUAAUGUUUGGCUAUGGAACUCUACAUCUGCUUCCAUUGGUUUCUGGAUGAAGUCUCUCUGGUCUCUUUGAUGAUGAUUCUGCUAAGGUCCAGUCCCAGAACACUCCGCAAGCAGGACAAGCUGACAUUUUCGGUUCAGGAUGGAUUCACUGAAGCAUAUCUUUACUAUAAUUCAACCAAGGAACAUGUGUACAUUGCCCAUUCACCCCAAAGCCUCGCGAUUCUCUCCGGAACCAGAAAUAUAAGAAGGUUUGGGUUUUCUCGUCACUAUAGCACCGAGUAGUGCCUUCCCCAAUUACUCACACUUUGGACCCCAUGGAAGAGCCAGGAGGACUUUGCCGCACUUUGCUCCUAAUUGAUAACAGGUCUGGCUUGAGGCUUGAUUUUAUAUGGGGUGGGUUUGGGGUUUUUUGUUGUUGUUUGGUUUGGUUUGCUUUGGUUUUUUGUUGUUGUUUGGUUUGGCUUGGUUUGGUUUUUUGCUUGUUUGUUGUUUUUGACAGUCUCACUGUUUUGUUCAGGCAGGCCCGGAACAAACGAGCCUCCUGCUUCUGCUUUGCGAGUAGUCGGGACCUUAGAUGCGCUCCACCACGGUAGGCUAGAAAUGUAUUUAAGUCAAGUCUAGCAGGGUUCAGGCAACUGGAACUUCACUUUUACUGAAACAGAGAGACUUUUGCCUCGACUUGGCGUCCCAGUGGACUCUUCCACCAGGAGGCUCCUGUAGUGUCUCCUCACAGCGCUGAACCUUAGGCACCCAGAGAACAUAGUUCAGGUUUUGGGCAGAAGAUGGCAGUAUAUACUGCUCUAUUUCAAAUGCCCGGGGUUCAUGAAUGAAGAGAAUGAAGGGGGUGGGGGCGGGGGUGCGUUGUAAGGGAGUUGGACUGAAUAGAAAUUUGAGUUUUAUACAAAAAAUGGAUAAUGUGGAUUUUUAAAAAAAUUUCCCAAGAAUCAAUAAUUGCUCAGUCUUCCACCAUCAACAUAUUCUAAGUUCCCAGACACCCUAAAAGCCGUCCUGUUUGAUCAGCUCGCGCGUCCCUGAAGCGCACGUCGACAGCAGGGGCUUGAACCCAGGGCACCAGAGUGACCCCUAUAUGUGCCCUCUUGCUAUACCUCCGCUCGAGGUUUAUUCUCCCAGAUCCCUCCGCCGCCAUUACGGGACGCAUCACUCCUCUCUGACUGUGCGUGCGGGCGGCCGUGCAGAAGUCUCUGCAAGAGCGAAGGCGACAGAUCACCUGAAGCAGCAGCUUGUCAUUCCCAGGCACCCUGGCGUCCCAAAAGGCCAGCUCGGCGGGCGCGCACCUGCCAGACGCCCCUGACCUCGCCGCCGAGCAGGCAGCCCCCAAGCCUGCAAAGAAGAUGGCCCAGUCCAAGCUCGACUGCCGCUCACCUGUCGGUCUCGACUGCUGCAACUGCUGCCUGGACCUGGCCAACCGGAGCGAUGUUCAGAACGGCAGCCCCGGGGACAAGAACCCGGGCAGCCCCACCGUGAGCAACUUUCGGCAGCUGCAGGAGAAGCUGAUCUUCGAGAACCUCAACGCGGACAAGCUCGACAGCAUAAUGCGGCAGGAUUCCCUGGAGCCCGUGCUGCGGGACCCCUGCUACCUGAUCAACGAGGGCAUCUGCAACCGCAACAUCGACCAGACCAUGCUCUCCAUUCUGCUCUUCUUCCACAGUGCCUCCGGAGCCAGCGUGGUGGCCCUAGACAACAAGAUUGAGCAGGCCAUGGAUCUAGUGAAGAAUCAUCUGAUGUAUGCUGUGAGAGAGGAGGUGGAGAUCCUAAAGGAGCAGAUCCGUGAGCUGGUGGAGAAGAACUCCCAGCUGGAGCGUGAGAACACCCUCCUGAAGACCCUGGCAAGCCCAGAGCAGUUGGAAAAGUUCCAGUCCAGGCUGAGCCCUGAAGAGCCAGCACCCAAAGCUCCAGAAACCCCAGAAGCUGAAGCCCCUGGUGGUUCUGCGGUGUAAGUGGCUCUGUCCUCAGGGUGGGCAGAGCCACAACUUGUUCUACCUAGUUCUUUCCAGUUUGUUUUUUGGCUCCCCAAGCGUCAUCUCAUGUGGAGAACUUUACACCUAACAUAGCUGGUGCCAAGAGAUGUCCCAAGGACAUGGCCAUCUGGGUCCACUCCAGUGACAGACCCCUGACAAAGAGCAGGUCCCUGGAGGCUGAGUUGCAUGAGGCCUAGUAACCCCAAGCCAGUGAGCCUCUCAUGCUACCGGGCCCAGGGGCUUUCCAGGGCCUGGGCAACUUAGUUACAGCUGGCAAAGGAGAAAGUAGUUUGAGAUGUAAUGCCAGUGUGCUCCAGAAAGUAUAAGGGGUCUGUUUUUCAUUUCCAUGGACAUCUUCCACAGCUUCAUCUGACAAUGACUGUUCCUAUGAAGAAGCCACUUGUGUUUUAAGCAGAGGCAACCUCUCUCUUCUCCUCUGUCUUGCCCAGGCAGGGGCAGAGAUGGGAGAGAUUGAGCCAAGUCAGCCUUCUGUUGGUUAAUAUGGUAUAUUGCAUGGCUUUGUGCACAGCCCAGUGUGGGAUUACAGCUUUGGGAUGACCGCUUACAAAGUUCUGUUUGGUUAGUGUUGGCAUAGUUUUUCUAUAUAGCCAUAAAUGCAUAUAUACACCCAUAGGGCUAGAUCUAUAUCUUAGUGUAGUGAUGUAUACCUAUACACAUACACCUAUAUGUUGAAGGGCCUAAUCAGCUUUGGGAGUACUGACUGGUCCCUUAUCUCUUAAAGCUAAUUUUUUGACUGUGCUAAUUUACCAAAUUGAUCCAUUUUGUCCUUUAAUUAAGACUCAAGAUACAAGGGAGGGAGAGGGGGACCAGCCUCACAAUGCGGCCACAGAUGCCUUGCUGCUGCAUCCCUCCCCCAUCUGUCCACUGAAGACACUGAAGUCCUCAUUUGAAUGCCAAACCCACCAUUCAUUGGUGCUGACUACAUAGAAUGGGGUUGAGAGAAGAUCAGUUUGGACUUCACUUUUUUGUUUGAGUUUUUUUUUAAUUGUUUUUGUUUUUGUUGUUGGUUUUGUUUUGUUGUUGUUGCUGUUGUUUUUUUUGGGGGGGUGGGUUUUUUGUUUUUUUGUUUUCUUCUUGUAAGGAACUUCGGGAUGAAUUAAAGGAUGGAGUCCUGUGGUGGAUAAGAGAAGUAAAUGGUUUUAAUCCCUUGGGGGCCUGAGAGAUGUACCCAGGAAGUUUGUGUAAGGAGGUUCUGUGACAGUGGACACUUUCCACUUUCUGACACCUUAUCCUGCUGUAUGUCUUCAGGAUUUGGAUUUUUCAGAUGUAGCCUGAAAUUUCAAUAAACUUUGCUCUUUUUUUUCUAAAAAUAAA